UUAAAUCUUCGUCAUUUAUAGUCGGAUCUUAAAGCCCGAGGAGAAAAUUAUUUUUGUUCAUUGAGCUCUAGUACCCCGUUCAAGUACUUAAAUACAUACCGCAUCUCAGUUCCUAUAACCCUAACGUACCACCCUAAUGUCGGUGAAUUAAAGCUCGCUAAAAAGAAUUAAACUUUGGCUAAGCAAGUAUUUCGACUCGAAGGCAAUUUCGAUUUUUUUUUUUGCCGAACGUAGGGAUCGCCUUUUCGCAGUUUUCGUCUUAUCUUCGGCAUUUGCAGGCGGAUCUUAAAGUAUGAUUAGUAUACAUAUUGAUGUGCUUGUCUCGAGGAGACUUUUUUUAUUCUAGAGAGUUCAGCGUCAUUUAAAUAACUAAAAAGUCAAAUCCACCUGCAAACUGCAAACACAACACUCGUACAAGUAUAAAACGAUAGAAAAAAUACAAAAGCACAAAAUGCAAUAUCCAGUCGGCCGCCAACGUCGCUCGAUUGGCCCAUUCUAUUUGUUGUCAAUUCUCGUUCUAUUGCCGGCAUUGCUCAAUCAGCAACAUCACGUGGCUGCGAUUACGACAAUUAACUCGGAAGUAGUGAGCACAGAGCAACAACAACCACGACAGCAACCAACACAACCCACGCCACAACAACAGCAGCAACAAAGCGAAAAGCAACAAAGUGAACAGCAAAGCAACACAAAGCCAAACAUAAUUAUCAUUUUGAUAGAUGAUAUGGGCUUUAACGAUGUCAGCUUUCAUGGCUCGAAUCAGAUAUUAACACCGAACAUUGAUGCGCUCGCCUACAAUGGCAUCAUAUUGAAUCGUCACUAUGUGCCCAAUUUGUGUACACCGUCGCGUGCGUCGUUGCUCACCGGCAAAUAUCCAAUACAUACAGGUAUGCAACACUCCGUCAUCAUUAACGAUCAGCCGUGGGGGCUGCCACUCGGCGAACGUCUGCUGCCCGAAAUAUUACACGAUGCCGGUUAUGCAACAAAUUUAAUUGGUAAAUGGCAUUUGGGUUUCUGGCGCAAAGAAUUGACGCCUACAUUGCGCGGUUUCGAUCAUCAUUUCGGCUACUAUUCCGGCUACAUUGAUUACUACAAUCACACAAUGCAUAUGCUGGACCGCAAUUACUCGGCCGGCUUGGAUUUCCGUCGCGACUUGUCGCCAUGGCCUGAGGCUGAUGGCCUUUAUGCAACUGAUGUUUUCACACAGGAAGCGGAGCGCCUUAUCUACCAACAUGAUGCGGCGGCAAAGCCUUUGUUUCUGCUAAUGAGCCACUUGGCCGUGCACACCGGUAAUGAGAAUAAUCCAAUGCAGGCGCCUGAAGAGGAGGUGGAGAAAUUUUCGCACAUCAGUGAUGUGAAGAGGCGCACUUAUGCAGGCAUGAUCUCCCGCCUGGAUGACAGCGUUGGCCGCGUAAUACGUGCGCUCUCCAACAAAGCUAUGCUUAACAACUCAAUCGUACUGCUAUACUCAGACAAUGGUGCACCCACUGUCGGCAUACACUCGAAUGCUGGCUCCAAUCAUCCCUUCCGCGGCCAAAAGGAGUCACCUUGGGAAGGCGGCAUACGCUCCGCUGGUCUGAUUUGGAGCCCACUGUUGCAGCAACAGAGCUAUGUUUCCAAUCAAGUAGUGCACGCCAUCGAUUGGCUACCCACAUUGACGAGCGCUGCUGGCAUUGAACUACCGUCAAAAAUGAAACUCGAUGGCGUUAAUUUAUGGCGCGUGCUCAGCGAAAAUGGUGCAGCGCAACCGCGACGCCUGAUUCACGUGCUGGACGACAACGUCGGCUAUAGCGCUUUCACACGUGGCACGCUAAAGUAUGUGAAUGGCACGAGCUUCAAUGGUCUCUACGAUGGCUGGUUGGGUGACUUACCAACGACAGAGCAGGACCCCACCGCGCCAUAUUAUGUGCAGCAGGUGCUCUCCUCAGAGGUACACCACGUGCUGGGCAAUGAUGAGCUCAGCGUGGAACAAGUGGAACGAUUGCGUGCGCAAGCAACGCAUCAAUGCCCCAACAACGAGGAGAAUUACACACAGGCUGUGUAUCGUUGUGAGCCGUUAUUGGAGCCAUGUUUCUUCGAUAUCGAAAAGGAUCCUUGCGAGCGUUAUAAUUUAGCCAAACUUUAUCCGCUACAGGUACAGCUGUUGGCACAGGAGGUGGAACAGUUUAGGGAGAGCGCAGUGGAGAGUGCGCGUCGGGAUUACAGUGAUCCGCGCUGUGAUCCUGCCCUACAUGGCGGCGUUUGGGAAUGGUGGGCAGAGACGUCGGCUGCGAACGGGCGAUGGAAUAUGCACAUGGAGUUCGGAUUGGUAACAGCAGCGGUCAAUGUGAUAUGUGCGCUUGUGUGGCGUGUCGCUCAGUUUGAAUUUUAAUCAGCGGAAAAGCGGAGUUAACUAUGUACUACUACAUGUCUUCGUCCAGCAUUUGUAUUGCAUUUAAUUAUUUGAUUUAAAAUUUUUUAGUUUUAAGAAAAAAUAUUUGUUAAAGUACUCACUUAGUAACUGCCAUACAAAAUUAAAUAAAGUAUUAAACAAAGUAAAUUGUAAACGGCCUCGAAAACUUCGAAAGUCUACAAGUUUUCACGUAACAGUCGUAAAUAGCUUCGAAUUUCAAAUUUCCAGUGCUCGACCAAUGCGUGCAAAUACACGUUAACUUUGAUUUUUUUCUUCAAAAUUCUACAGCUCAGAGGCAUUUUAUGGUAUAAUCUUGGUCAGUGAUAGGGUUUCCUCAGAAUUGAAUGCUCUACAAAAGUGCGCAUUGCGGCGUAACCCUAACUCCCAUCAGCGAGGUAGUACGGUUCACUAAACCCAAUUUUUUUCAUAAAUAACAAGAGCUAAAGAAACAAUAUUAAUGGCAAACUUUUCAAUUUCCUACAAGAAGGUUCUAGAAUACGAAAUCGCUAGCAUUGAUAUUUCCUGAUAUAUCGGGGUGUAUGCUACGUAGUUUUGAGACCUUAGUCCUAAGACAUUGUUACUCGAGGCUAUCCAAGGGUCUUGUACUAAGGCCACAUCGUUUUGUGGAGGUUUGUCUGGAGGACCUUAAGCAUUGAUCUCUGGUUCCUUCCCCUGGUUGGGUGCGUUCUCCAGGUCAACCACUCCACAUAACGUUGGUUUAGAGUGGCGUUCAAGAUCUCGUCUAGGCCUAGAUACUUUUCCACCUCUCGCGUUUUGUCAGUUGGAUUUCAUUGUUGUCAAUUGGGUGGCAUUUCUUGGGGCAAGGGAAUCCUUUCGUAUAGAAUGUCCUCUGCCGUCUUGUUUAUUUGAAGGAUGUAAUCCUGUGCUCCCGCGACAUUGUCGACAAUUUCCAAGGAUGCCCCCUUCCCAAAGGUUUUGAAGCGCUUUUUCUGCAUCAUUUAUCCAUGCCAGAGAGAGGUCGUCCUUGCAUUCAAUAUUUUCGAAACCACCCUACUCCGUCAAAUGCUGGCCAGGGGUGAGUUUGAGUCGGCUUCCAUUUUCGAGAAGAGAGUUUCCAGUAGUUGCAUUUCAACCACCUUCCACCGCUCUCGUAACAUUUGGUCCAGCGGGUUGCUUUGGUCAAUAAGUGUCACGAUCAUGUGUCUCCUGGCAAUCUUACUGGCCGCCUCCGCCGCAGACCUUGACGUUGCGAGUUUUUCGCCGUCCCAUCCGACGUUAGGCUUUAUAGCGUCGACCUUGGACUUCAGCCUUUCUCCAAGAGUCAUGGUAUCGCUCUCCAAGGAUCGCUGCCUUUUCAUCACGGCCUCCUCAAUG